GCAGACGUGCGCUGCGCGUUAAUUAAAAAUGUGCUGAAUGAUCACACAAGACGUAAAAAAUCGCAACAGUUAAAACGUAAACAAUAGUUUAAAACACAAGAGUUGUAAUAACAUAAUAAACGUUUUGUUUUAAUCGGUAAAUUGAGCGGGCCGCGCGUGGAAACUUCGAGAAACAAGCAACAACAACAAGACGAGACAAUUUUUUGUUGUUAUCGCUUUUGAAGUGCAUAAAGUGAAUAACGUGAAUAACAAGUGAAAUUUUUUGGGUGCAGCGCAGCGUAGAAAGUGCCCGCAGUGAGCACUGACGGUAAAAACCUCCCCCGCAUAAAUAAGCAAACAACAAUUGCAGGCAACAACAACAACAACAAAAAUAAUUACACCCCAAAAAUUUUUGCUGUCGAAGUCGCUGCUGCCGUCGCUGCUGGCGUCAGUCGCCCGCAUUUGGAAAUACAAAUCGUGUUUUGCGCUUUAGCAUUUUGCAGUUUGUUAUUUGUUGUUAGCGCCCAUUGUUGUUGUUCGUUUCGCCAAGUUAUUUACGUCGCGUCGCGCAAACAAUAAUAAUAACAAAAACAACAACAACAACAAAAGUCAAAGCGACUACAACGAAAUUUACAAUUAAAAUUACACGCGUUCUACGUCAUACAAAAAGUAACUGCAAAAACACACACACACAAAGAGGCACACAGCGUGAGUGUGUGUGAGUGAGAUAGCAAGAGCGUGGAAUGGGGCAUUGCUAAAACGUGCGUACAGCUCAUACAAUAUGCGCAAAAUUCAACUAAAAUGCAGCAUAUUACAGCUGUAAAAAGUUUUACGAUUCAAGCUUAAUACUACGCCCCAGACACCCACCCACUCAACCCAACCACCCACUGCAAAAAGCAAAAAUAAUGCCAGAUACAAAUUAAGGUCGCUACAUUGCUCUGUGUGGCACCUGAGAGAGCGUCGCAGUCUCAGCAGCUGCAGCAACAACAACAACAAAAGGAUAACAAACAUAUACAGCGCACAAAAGUCGUAAAACAUUUUGUGUUUUUGUGCAAAGCAAAGUCGCCGCUACAGGCUCGUAAAUUGUCAACAAAAUAAACAACAACAGUGGAGAAAGAGCGAGAGCGAGAGAGAGACAACAAAAAGCACAAACAACAAAACUUUCGAGAUGGCUGGCAACAUUGUCAAAUGGUGGAAACACAAAAUUCUCGGCGGCUACAAACAAUUCUCAGUUCAAGAAUGCACCACAGACUCCGAGGAGCUGAUGUAUCAUCAGGUGCGCGCCAGCUCCAGCUGCAGUGCUCCGCCUGAUUUACUGCUGGGCAGCGAACGUGACAACAAUAUACAGCUGCGUACGCCUGUCGUUAAUAUAAUCACCACGCCCCCCGGCUUAGCCUCCAGCAAGCAACAGCAACAGUCGCAGCCACAGUCGCUGCCAUUGCCGCAGCAGCAGCAGCAGCAACAUCACGUAACGCGCCAGGACAUGAGCGGCAAACACUUGCGCAUCAGCAGCAGCAGUGGCAAGCAUGGCAAAUAUGCAAAUAUGCAGCUGCCUGCAGCAGCAGCAGCGGCGGAGGAUGCGGAUGUGGUGGAUGCUGCUGCCGCUGCCAUGUCCAUGCCGCAUGGACAGCACUCGCAUUCGCGACAUCAUCACAACAAAGAGGAGCGCAUACGUUUGGAGGAAUUCACUUGCGAUGUUUCCGUCGAGGGCGGCAAGUCGACGCAGCCGCUGCAGUUCUCAUUCACCUUCUACGAUCUGGAUGGGCAUCAUGGCAAAAUAACAAAGGACGAUAUUGUGGGCAUUGUGUACACCAUAUACGAGUCCAUUGGCAAGAGUGUGGUGGUGCCCCACUGCGGCAGCAAGACAAUUAACGUGCGGCUCACCGUCAGUCCCGAAGGCAAAUCGAAAACGCAGCCAGCUGCUGCCGCAUGUCACAACAACAACAACAACAAUAAUAACAACAACAGCAGCAGCAUCAAUAAUAGCAACAGCAACAACAAUGCCAGCAAACUAAAGAAGCUGCCAACGGGCAUGAGCAUGGGCAUGGGCAUGGGCAUGGCGGCGUCCAUGUCAAAAACAGUGAAUGGCAUUGCGCUAACGACAUCCGGCGGCGCACGCCGCCAGCACCGCCAUCGACCACGCAAACUGAUUAAGUCCGAUGACGAGGACGAUGACAGCAACAGCGACAAGGAGCGCGAACUCACCGCGGCCGAGCAGCUGCCCAGUGGGAGUGGCAGCAAGCCAACAGCGGCAGCUGCCAGCAAAGCUGCCAGAUACCAGAAGAACAAUGCCAAAUUGGAGGCGUGCUGCAAUGCCCAACAACAGCAGCAGCAGCAGCAACAGCAGGCGGAACAGCAUACGCCGGACAAUGGGCACAAUACCUAUGAGAAUUUGUUGAAUCUCAAAUGCAGCAGCAGCAACAAGGAAGCCAGCGACGCAUUGGAGUGCACACAGCGCUCACGCCAUCAUCAUCAUCAGGCACAUCACUCCCACUCCCACGUCCAGCAGCAGCAGCAUAGCCAGGAUAUCUACAUGAAGCAGGCAACGCAGCGCGUCAAAAUGCUGAGAAGAGCGCGAAAACAAAAGUAUCAGGAUCACUGCCUCGAAACGCGUCAACGCAGUCAGUCCGUGGGCAACGAUGCCUGCUGGCAAAACCGCCACCUGCAGCAGCAGCAGCAGCAGCAGCAGCAGCAGCAACAACAGCAACAGACACAGCAGCAACUGGCGAGUCCUGUGCCCAAGAGCGCUUCGGUGUCGCCGCCUUUGGCUGCGGACAUGAUGCUGGAUGGCGUGCAGCUGCGUCAGCCACGUCCGCAGUCGCUGCUGGCGACACAGCAGCAGCGCAAGUCGGCCGAGUGCUGGAAGUCGGCGCUAAAUCGCAACGAUUUGAUUAGCAUCAUCAGGGAGAGCAUGGAGAAGAAUCGCCUGUGUUUUCAACUGAAUGGAAAACCCCAAGCCAAUGUGAGUCCCAUACGGCAACUACCGCCAGCCCAACAACAACAGCAACGCCAACGCUGCAGUACAGGCUCGAAAAUCCCGACGCUUAUUGCGAACCACAGUCUGCCACAGUCCGCGCAGUCGCCGCUCAGCUGCAGUCCUCCCACGCCGCAGUCGCCUCAACCUCAGCCCUGUGCGGAGCCAGCACCACUGCCCAACAACAACAACAACAACAAUCACAUCGAAGCCGCACACGAGCACACGCUCAACAGCAGCAGUGCGUAUCAUCCACAGCCGCAUAUUCCCAUUUACCAUCAGCAGCUGGCCAUUAAUCCGGCCGUCCUGGCUGCCCAGCAUAGCCACAACAGCGCCCACAACAAGCUCAAUCUCUGCGGCUACGACUCCUUUCUGCAUGCCACCAUCUGUGGCGGCGGCGCCAGCGCGCACUCGCCUCCAGCCACGCCCAGCAAUGUGGCCACCGUGCAGCCCAUACCCAAGAAGAGUCAGCACAAGCUGCAGGCCUAUCAGCGGCUCGAGCAGCAGCAGCAGCAGCAACAACAGCGCAGCAGCAAGCACGAGCAGCGACGCCAGCGUCACAAGCUGCAGCAGCAGCAGCAACAGCUGCCAGCCAAGCUAGAGCCAGCACGCCCAGUUACCUCCAGUUCCAGCUCAGGCGCCUCUAAAAUCUACGGCGAUGCGCUGGAGUGCGCGCAUCUUUUGGCCAGCGAGGAGGAGGAGCUGGCGCCCAGUCCCAUGCUCACCAGCACGCCACGCAAAGUUGUCUCCACCAAUACGCUCAUCGAUCUGAACGAUGAUGUGGGCGAGGCUGUCGCCGAGGCCGUCACCACAGUUAGCAAGGAUGCCGAGGAGCUGCCCGCCGCUGGCUGCGAAGCCGCUGAGCUGGACACGAGCGCCUCCAGCUCCAUGAUACAUCGCUAUGUGCAUGAGCACAUACAUCAUCACUAUCAUCACUUCAAGGAGCAGCAGCAGGAUGCCGCUUGAAAGCAAAUACUAAAAAGAAAUACUACACAUAUACUAAAUGUUGCUUGUUUUCUUAUGAUUAAGCUAGCGCAAUUUGUAAUUUAAUUAGCCGUUAACUUUCAACUCGAAAAGCCCCAAAAGAUAUUAUUUGUUGUCAAUGCAAAUUGAAUUCCAUAGCACGCUCCAAUGUUAAGCAGUUUGCGCCUUUGCCUUAGCCUACACUGAGCGAAAUUAUACUACAUGAUAUAUAUAUAUAGCCAACGUUUGCUUGACGCUUUCAGCCUAGCCCACAUAUCAUAGCUGUGUGUGUAAAUGUCUUAACUAAACUAUAAAAAACAUAUAUAAAUUGUUUACCAGAAUAUGCAGAGAAUUUGUUGUCUAUUAAUAUGUAAAGUUUAUGCGCCGCCGCUUUUCUUCGUGUGUAUGUAUAGUAUGGAAUUAAAGCUUAAGUUUUUUUUACAUUUUAUUAUUAUUUAUAUGCCACUUUUAUUUUUAAACGCAAACCAACCAACAAGACACGCAACAAUGCAACAAAUGUUUAGUUAA